UUCACUUUCUCCUUUCUUCGCUAGGAUGGCAGGGGUGGAGAACAACGACGGGAACGAGAGUGAACGGGAAUUAGCAGGAACUAGCGAUAACGGUUAUGCGGAAGCUGCAGAGCCUAGUGGCUCUGCUGGUGGCGAAGGGAACGAUGCCGUUUCGUAUGCGAACGUACUGCGUUCGAGGAACAAGUUUGUCGAAGCUCUCGCGCUCUACGAGCGUGUCUUGGAGAGUGACGGCGCAAAUGUGGAGGCUCUCAUUGGGAAAGGGAUAUGCCUUCAGAUGCAGAAUAAGGGAAAGCCUGCGUUUGAGACUUUUUCCGAGGCUAUCAAGCUGGAUCCUCAGAAUGCUUGUGCUCACACGCAUUGCGGUAUUCUGCACAAAGACGAGGGUCGCCUAGUAGAGGCUGCCGAGGUAUGCUUAUCACUGUUCAAUAACUCUGCUGAAAUUGUUGCAUUUGCAUUAGCUGAUGAG